AUGGAAACCAUAUGCGAAUCUUUUAUAAAUCCUAUUAUCCAAAGUUUUAGCAAAGAUCAUCCAAGAGAAGGUUACAAUAAUAAUAAUUUUUCCAUUAUGGCAAUCAGCCUCAUGGAAUUACAGAUGGAAGAUCUGCGCAGCUCUUGUAUUCAGGAACAGCUCAAAGACAAGGGCUUUUCAGACAGAGCUGCAGAGCUUUACAUCGCAUCAUAUGAUCCAAAAGCUUCAAGAACAGUGUCAGCAUAUCACCUUUAUAGUCAAAAAAUGCAAUUUAAUACUAUCAUGAGUUAUAGAUCAGUUAUUAGUGAGAUCCAUGUACAUGUAGAUGGAAAAUCAAUUGGUUUACAUCCAAUUAUUAUUAAAGUAAUGAAAGGAUUAUUUAACCUAAAUCCACCCAAGCAAAACUCUGCAGAAGUAGUUGAUGUAUUGCUCACAAUAGAUUAUAUUCAAUCAUUGGGCUCUAACACAGAAAUGCCUAUACUAAAUUUAACACAAAAAACAGCAUUACUAUUAGCCUUAACUUCAGGAAGCUGCCCAUCAGAUUUACAUUGA